AUGGCCGCCACCGCUUUAUCGCGCGUCCACUCAAGCGCCAGCGGCUACGGGGCUGUAGACACACCUCCCACGUCACCGUUGCUGCCGUCGUCUUCCGUGCUGCACCGAGACUCAUGCGAGCAUCUGUUCAAAUUCCUCGUACUCACACAAGUGUUCAUGUAUCUCGAGGCCGGCGCUGUGCCGUCACUGCUGCAGCAAUUUACGCUCACGUUCCGUCUGAGCCCACAAGAGCAGGGCCUGCUAGGUGCCAUCGUGUACAUCUCCAUCUCGCUGGCGUCACCCUGGUGUAGCACGCUCUUCCGCCGCUUCGAUCCUCGCCAGCUUCUUGGCGUCUCACUCGUGGUCAAUAACCUGGCGGUUCUCGGCCUUGCAUGUACCCCCACCUCGACCUGGUACUCCAAGUCACUACUCAUCUCAUUGCGUGGCUUUGUUGGACUCACACAAGCCUUCAGUUGCGUGUACUCACCGCUGUGGGUGCACGACUAUGCUCCCAAGGCCAAACGCGGCACCUGGAUGAGCUAUCUGCAAGGCGCCGUGCCCGUCGGCAUCACACUCGGCUACUUCGCCGGUUCAGUCACUAUCUGGUUGGCAUCACAGGGGCCAGAAGAGGCUGCGACUGCAGUGCAAAGUGUCGUGUCCGCUCUAUCCAAAGCUGCAUUGGGGAUCAAUGCGAACGCCGACAUCGUCGACGGCAUCGACGACGCCUCCAUGCGCCUUUGCCACGGAAUUUAUUGCUGGCGUUGGCCGUUUUUGACUCAAUUCGCGCUCAUUCUGCCGCUGUCUAUCUUGAUUUUUUUCGUUCCACGGGAACAUAUUCGACUUCGCUCGACUCGUCGCCGCUCUAUCGUCAUUGUGGAUGCAGAUGAGGAUGUGGAUACCGGUGAGGAGAACGCGUCGAGGUGGAGCAAUCUGUGGCUUUUGCUGCAACAUAGAGUCUACGUGUUCAUCGUCAUGGGUCUGUCUGGCUUAUUUUUCGUGGUGGCCGGUGUGCAAUUUUGGACGACGCUGUAUUUGGAGACCAACACGACGGGUUCCACGUACGAGAUCCACCUGUCAUAUCUAUUAGUAAGCGGCACAGGUCCUAUCAUGGGCGUAUUCUUCGGUGGGUGGCUUAUCGACCAAUUCGGUGGCUACUCAGGCCCAUAUCAUCAAAUGCAAGCGCUGCGAGUGUGUAUGGUGCUUGGAGGUGCCGGGUGUCUGGCGGCUUUGCCAGUGUCGUAUGUACACAACACUUUUUCCAUCGCUGUGUUCCUCUGGCUCAUGUUAUUUUGCGGAGGGAGCAUACUUCCUGCUUGCUCUGGAAUCGUCAUCUCAGCAGCUCCGCCACGGUUGCGUCCACUGGCUUCUUCUGUUGCAUACGCCAGCUACAACCUCUUCGGAUAUGCAGCAUCGAACUACAUUCCCGGUUUCAUAAUGAAUUUCAUCAUCGACCCCAGUGCCGACGCAGACGCAGAUCCAAGUGAUCUUGGCAAUGUUGGAUCAUGCAACGCUGCGUGCACUUACCGUAUCGGCUUCCGUAUUGUCCUGUUUUGGAGUGUCUGGGCCUUCUUCUGUCUCACAUGCGGUGCCAUCGAGUCGGGUCGCAACUACGCAGCCACUGUGGCAGCGCACAGUAACGGUCACUGCAACGGCAACGGGAAGCAACACACGACGGCAACUACUUCGCAUCAACCGGUAUCCAAGAGUGCUGUGUAA